UCAUCAUCAUCAUCAUCAUCAUGCAAAGCAUCAUCACUAUCCAAAGCAUAUUCAUGAUGUGUUUAUUACAAUUAUACUUGAUUACAUCAACUCCAUUUCAAUGGUAUAAACAAUAUACAAUACAUAGUUGUAUAUAUAUAUUUAUAGCUACUUAUACUUUGACAUCAUUUCAUAUCUAUUGGAUGGUAUAUUUCAUUGAUUCAAAUAUAAUAAUCGAGAAUCCGGAAUUAAAUAAAUUACCAUUAUAUUAUUUGCAUUUUAUUAAUUCCAUGGGCGUAAUCGUGAUUAUUACUGAUGCAUUACUAUGGAAACCAAAACGAAUUCCGUUUUUAGUUUCAUACAUUCCUUGUUGUAUGUUUAUUAGUAUAUACAUUGCAUACUUAGAGAUAACAAAUUCAUUAAAUGAUUAUAUAGAAUUACCAGAUUCUGAUAUACUAUCAAUUCUAUAUCGUUUUCUAUACUAUUUAUUACUAUGGUUAAUAAUUACCAUAUUCAAUACAUUCAGUUAUGUAUCAAUUCGUUUACUUCAUUUAAAGAAAAAACAGCAAAUGAACUAUUAACAACUUCAUCAUAGUUACUAUGAAAAACAAAAAGACAAAAAAAAGAAAAGAAAGAAAAGAGGGAAAAGAAGAAGAAGAAGAAGAGAUUGUACAAUAAGUUGUAUGAUGAUGAUUUCUCUUAAGUUAAUUAUAGACUUAAUCAAUAUUUAUUAUUGUUUUUAUUUAAUUAUUUGAAUACAUAAACAUUGGUACAAUAGGGUUAUAGUUCUGUUGGCCAGACACUAUUAACAACAACCUACUGUAGAAAAGAACAAACCGGAUCCUAGCGGAGGAAGAAAUUAGGAAGAAGCGCUCGAAGUGGAUAGGACACACAUUGAGGAAAGCACACAACUGCGUCACAAGACAUGUCCUCACAUGGAAUCCUGAAGGUCAAAGGAAAAGAGGAAGACCAAAGAACACAUUAGGCCGGGAAAUGGAGAUAGACAUGAGAAAAACGAACAAGAAUUGGAUGGAAUUAGAAAAGAAGGCCCAUGACAGAGUGGGUUGGAGAAUGCUGGUC